UCACGUCCUCCUUUUUUCGUUUGUCUAUGAUCGGCCUCCUGCCUUACUCUUCUUCCUCUGAUUGUUCGCUUCAACUCAGGCUUCUUUUUCUUCUACUAAUUCUCCACCACACUCUUUUGAUAUCUUAAUUUUCCUAGAUAGUACAAUAGAAGUGGGGGAGAGUAAUCGUCACAAUGCGCACCUUCAUUCCGGCCCUCGUGGUCACCACAUCAACUCUCUUCUUCCAAUCCGCCUCCGCCGUCGCCGCUAAUCCGCUCCCAAAACCAUCAAACAUCACCUGGGGAACCUCUGGACCCUUCAGCGUAGGCACUCUUUCUCUCAAUGCGCCGGACAAUUCCGUUCUCAAAGAUGCGUUCCACCGUGCCACAAAAGCCAUCACCGACCUGAAAUGGAUUCCCGCUGCCACCGAGGCGCCUCCACGAUCGUUUGAGGUGUUCCCCACGCCCACCGUGGCGGCGGCAGCGAAAUUGAAGCGCGCGACUAAUUCUACUGGUUCUUUGUCGAGCGUGAAGGUAACGGUGGUGGAUGUGCAUGCGGGACUCCAACAUGGUGUCGAUGAGAGCUACACCCUCGACAUCAAAUCCGGAUCAUCUUCCAUUGACAUCAAGGCCAAGACCAUCUACGGUGCACUCCAUGCCUUCACGACCCUCCAACAAAUCGUCAUCAGCAAUGGCAAAGGUGGCCUCAUCGUCGAACAGCCUGUUUCCAUUUCUGACGCCCCGCUCUACCCCGUCCGAGGCAUCAUGAUCGACUCUGGAAGGAACUACAUCUCAAAAGCCAAGAUUUACGAGCAAAUCGACGGAAUGGCCCUGUCAAAGCUAAAUGUCCUGCACUGGCACAUCGUGGACGCCCAAUCCUGGCCCCUGGAAUUGGCCACCUAUCCUCAAAUGACGAAAGAUGCUUACUCUGCGCGAGAAACCUACUCGCACCAAUGCCUGAAAGACAUCAUCGCCUAUGCCUCCGCCCGCGGCGUUCGUAUCAUUCCCGAAAUCGACAUGCCUGGCCACGCCAACUCCGGUUGGAAGCAAAUAGACCGAUCCAUGAUGAGCUGCAUUGACUCCUGGUGGUCCAAUGACGUCUGGCCGUUGCACACCGCCGUAGAGCCCAACCCAGGCCAGCUUGACAUCCUCAACAACAAGACCUACGAAGUCACUGGAAAGGUGUAUAAAGAGAUGGCAGGGAUUUUCCCAGACGGUUGGUUCCAUGUCGGCGGUGACGAACUGCAUAUGAAUUGCUACAACUUUUCGUCCCUUAUUAGCACGUUCUUCGCAUCUGGGAAAACCAUGGGUGAUCUCGUGCAAUACUGGGUCGACAAAGCCAUUCCUAACUUCCGCGCCCAAGCUAACCGCACGCUGGUUAUGUGGGAAGACGUGGUCAUCUCCCCGGAUGCGGCCGCCUCGGGCACCGUGCCCAAAGAUAUUGUUCUCCAAGCCUGGAACAAUGGACUUGAAAACAUCUUCAACCUCACACGCGAUGGAUAUCGCGUCAUCGUCUCUUCCUCCGAUUUCAUGUACCUUGAUUGCGGUUUCGGCGGCUGGGUCGGAAAUGAUCCUCGCUAUAACGUCAUGGUCAACCCCAACAAAACCGACGGCACCCCGAACUUCAAUUAUGCCGGUGGUGGAGGAUCAUGGUGCGCGCCAUACAAGACCUGGCAGCGGAUUUACGACUACGAUUUCACCUCGGGCUUAUCCUCUACCCAGAAAUCCUUGAUCCAAGGCGCGAUUGCACCGCUAUGGAGCGAACAAGUUGACGACACGGUCAUCAGCUCGAAGAUGUGGCCGCGAGCAGCAGCCCUUGCUGAGCUCGUUUGGAGCGGGAAUAGGGAUGCAAAUGGGAAUAAAAGGACGACGGAGCUUACGCAGAGGAUUCUGAAUUUCAGGGAGUAUCUUGUGGCGAGUGGAGUUGGCGCUGCACCCUUGAUGCCGAAGUUUUGCUUGCAGCACCCGCAUGAGUGUGAUUUGUUUCUUAACCAGACCGCGCUUGGGAAAUAGCUCCCUGCGAAAGGGUCUUAUCAUGGCGUUUUCGGCUUGGGUUCAGAUUCCACGGCUCGGGUCUGGGAGAUGGGGUUUUUAUCGCUGAUGAUAGUGCUGUCAGUAUUUUUGAUUGCGUGGGAAGUCUGGAGGUGAAGCGUCGGACUGAAGAAUUUGUGUGCCGUUGUUUCAUUCUUGUAUAUAUCUUUUAACCCCUAUCUCCGAGAGGCUUUCUAGGCCCGAUAAAUUGCGUUGCAU